AUGUCAUCCGCGGAUGCAUCCUGCACUCCCCUGAGCGCAAAUAAAGUGCCGCGAUGCAGACUACUCGAGUUGCCUACUGAAUUGAGGCUUGAAAUCUACGAAUUUGCAACCGUCACUUCAGACGUCGACAAUCGGAUCGAGAUCACCGCACGAGGAUUUCAGCGCAGCCCUCUGGUGCUGACCUGCAAAGCAAUCCACGAUGAUGCGAACAACGUUUUCCUUCGCCAGAAUUGGUUCCAUCAUGAAAUGUUUGGAUUCAACAGCACCACAUUGGUCAAAUUUGAGGAUUUCUGUGAGACACACCUGACGUUUUUUCAACAACAAUCAAUGGAGCUCGCUGUUACGACUAACUUAAGCCUCGUUGUGCUCGAAGACGAGUGCUUGUGGCACAAUCUUAUGGCAUACCUCCAGAGCUUCCACGCCACAAAGGUGACUUAUGCACUCGAACAGCCGGCCCAGAUCGACGGCGAACAUUGUGACUUGGAAACUCUGAUGAUGAGGCAUAUCAUCGGAACCAUGUUUAUGAUAGUGGAUUUAUCCGAGGAGGAGGAGCCAUGGGGCAAAUUUCUAGUGAUUUUCGAUGGCAUGCGGCCAAGUCUGAUCGCGCUGGACGACAAGUGGGCAAGGAAUUUGCGAGAAUGA